UUAUAAGAGACAGAGCGAAAGCAAGGAGACGACGGUUUGGCUUCAAUUUAAAAAUCAAAUUGACGGCUUUAUCAUCAAACAUGAUGAACGGAGCCGUGAAUUUAACUUCAACAGAGGGAGAGAGUUUACCUCAAGAGACAGGCUCCUCAUCAAGUGGCCUGAACAAUGCCAUUCCAAAGAAUGAGGAGAAGGAGAAAAAUGUCUCAAAAUCUAAAAAGGACAGCAAGGAGAUAAAAAACAAUGAUGAGAAAAACAAAAGCUCAAAACGUGAUUCACCACCUUGGCUCAAGAGUGAGAAAGAACCAAGUAACAGAAAACGCAAGAAUAAUCUGGUAGAAAAAAACCUGAUAAAAAAGCACAAGGAAGACUCCUCAGAGAUACAAAUCAACAGAGAAGUAAAAAUCGAACAGAAGGAGAGCUAUGAUACUACGGAAAAGAAAGUCAAAGAAAGCCUAUUGAAGAGAUCGACGUAUCAGGAAUCCUUUGAAGACAUGCUGAUGGGCAUGGAUGAACAGCUCAAAGAAUUCUGUGCCAGGAAGCAGAAGAAUAAGGACAGGAAGCAUAAAGAAAGAGAAAAAAGUAAUAUCGCCAAUAAACAACAAGGGAAGGAAGAAAGUAACCUUAGCAGAUUAAAUGAAGAGCUGAAAUCAACCGACGGUGAUUCUAGAGAGACAACUGAAAAACUGACAAGCAAAGAAAUUCCAGAGAAGGAAGAUGAGCAUUCUGAGGGGCUACAGAUCAUCAAGGAAGAUUCUGAAAAUCAAGAAAGCAAGCAGAAGGAUGAGGUUUCUUCUACAAGGGUGAGUGAAGAUCAAGAUUUGAAUGGAGAUGGGAUUCCUAUUGAAAAUAAUAAGAAAGCGAAAAGGGUCCACUGUAAUACAGCUUCUGGCCAUUCAGAUGUAAAACUCAAGAAACCAAAAGUAGAGAAAAGUGAAGAUGACGAAUUACCUCAGACAUCAUCUGCAAGUGAGGCAGCAAGAAGUACUUCUGAGAACCUGAAGAAGAAAUCAAAGACCACAAGCAAAGAAAAGGAGGGAAAACAGAAACUGACGAAGGAGGUAAAAAGCAAGACUCAAUUGAAGGAGGAGGAAGAGAAGAAAAAAGAUGCAGAGAAAUGGAAAUGGUGGGAAGAAGAACACUAUGAGGAUGGUGUAAAAUGGAUGUUUCUUGAACACCAAGGUCCGCUGUUUGCACCUGAAUAUGAGCCACUUCCUGAUGGUAUUCAUUUUUAUUACGAUGGUAAUCCUAUGAAGUUAAGCCUGGCAGCGGAAGAAGUGGCUACCUUCUACGCUAAGAUGCUGGAUCAUGAGUACACUACAAAGGAAGUCUUCAGGCAAAACUUUUUUCAUGACUGGCAGAAGGAAAUGAAUGAGCAAGAGAAAAUGAUAAUCACUGACCUAAAUAAAUGCGAUUUCACACAACUGCAUCAAUACUUCACUGAAAAAGCGGAGACCAAGAAAGCAUUGCCCAAGGAGGAGAAACAGAAACUAAAAUUAGAACAAGAUGCAAUCACUGAGAUGUACGGCUACUGUAUAAUGGAUGGCCAUCGGGAAAGAAUUGCAAACUUCAAGAUUGAGCCUCCAGGACUGUUUCGUGGACGUGGCGACCAUCCGAAGAUGGGAAAACUAAAGAAAAGGAUCAUACCUGAAGAUGUCAUUAUCAAUUGCAGCAGAGAUUCCAAUGUUCCAAAACCUCCAGAAAAUCACCAUUGGAAGGAAAUACGGUUUGAUAAUAAAGUGACCUGGUUGGCAUCGUGGACAGAAAAUGUUCAGGGGUUACUUAAAUACAUCAUGCUCAAUCCAAGCUCCAAACUUAAGGGUGAGAAGGACUGGCAGAAGUAUGAAGUCGCUCGACGCCUGAAAGAAAAAAUUGAUGCAAUCAGGAAUCAAUAUCGUGUAGACUGGAAAUCGAGGGAAAUGAAAACACGGCAACGAGCAGUGGCACUAUAUUUCAUUGACAAGUUAGCACUAAGAGCUGGGAAUGAAAAGGAAGAAGGAGAGACUGCUGACACAGUUGGUUGCUGCUCACUCCGUGUUGAACACAUUAAGUUGCAUGAAAAUGAUAAUGGACAGCAGUGUGUGGUAGAAUUUGACUUCCUUGGAAAGGACUCUAUUAGAUACUAUAAUAAGGUUCCAGUGGAAAAACAGGUGUUCAAGAAUCUAAAAUUGUUCAUGGAGAAUAAGGAUCCUACAGAUGAUCUGUUUGACAGAUUGAAUACUUCUGAUCUGAACAAACACCUUCAGGAGUUAAUGGAGGGGCUCACUGCCAAAGUGUUUCGAACAUACAAUGCUUCCAUCACGUUGCAAGAACAAUUGGCUGAAUUGACUGAUCCUGAAGAAAGUAUCGCAGAAAAAAUCCUGUCCUACAAUCGAGCUAACAGAGCAGUGGCUAUUCUUUGUAACCACCAGAGGACACCCCCAAAAACUUACGAGAAAGCCAUGAAAAACAUUCAGGCCAAGAUUGAAACGAAAAAGGAACAACUUGCAGUAGCAAAGAAAGAUUUGAAAAAUGCCAAGGUGGAUUACAAAGUUAAAAAAGAUGAAAAAUCAAAACAGAUUGUAGAGAAGAAGAAAAAGCUGUUACAGAGGAUAGAAGAACAACUGAUGAAAUUGGAAGUUCAAGCAACAGACAGAGAGGAGAAUAAACAGAUUGCAUUGGGCACGUCCAAGCUCAACUAUCUUGAUCCCAGAAUCACCAUUGCUUGGUGCAAGAAAUGGCAUGUUCCUAUUGAGAAGAUCUACAAUAAGACACAGCGAGAGAAAUUUGCUUGGGCCAUCGAUAUGACUGAUGAAAAUUUUGAAUUCUAAAAGAAAUUCUUCAUUGAAGAAAACAAUUGCACAGUAUCUCAGGGAUUGGGGAAAAAAAUCAUCUGUACUUAAACACUUCAUUGAAUUUGUUCCUUUCAAUAUGUUGAAAUUUUUUUCAGUUGCUAUGUUGCACAGUUGAUAGAAAAUGUUAAAUCGGAAAGAAUUAAGAUGAAAGUUUUGAAAUAUGUAAAAGUUUUGGCAUAAUGGUGCUGUAUCGCAGCAUGCUUUGAUAAGCACAUAUUGGGAAGUGAUGGGCCAGUUGAGAGUAAGCAUGCAAUUAAAUGGUGCCUUAGUACAUCUCGUUAUCAUCUAAAAGUUGUUAAUGUUAACCUGCAAGUUCCCUCUAAACUUUUGUUUUAAAAGUUGUGGGCAGUUUGGUUUAAAUGUAUGUCCCUUGUUUUGUACAGUUGAUCUUUGUGUGGUCUGAGUUGGAACGCAGGACUUUCAGCGAAGCCCAGAAGAGAUGAUAGUUGCCUGUAAAGUACACAAUCAUUGCAAUUGUGGGUGAAUGUCGCUUAAAUAAAAAAAAUGCAGUAUCUGUCUAGCUCAAGCUAUUAGGAGAGAAAAGCAUAGAGCAAAAACAAAGUGAACAUUACAAAACAUUGUAAGGAAACAAUACCCUUUAAAGAAGGUUAGAAAAUUCAAGCAUCUAGCACUGUUGUUUAUAGAUGAGUACUCGUCAAGGAUUAGGGUCAAUUAAUCCUUAUCUUUUUAGGCCUAAGAAAGUGACCAAGGGAACCAAAUUAAUUGUAUAUUAAGAAUGGUACACAGGAGAAUAUUCUAAAAAUAUUAUGCUUAUAUAUGGUGUUAUAUAUGUAAUGUUAUGUAAUAAAGUCACUUGAAACAAAAAGAGAAUGUUUGAAAAUAUCGUGACGAACUUACUUGUUUAAAGAAAAUCAUGUACUCAGAAUCUUUCCAUUUGCUGUGGAGGUGCCAGUGUUGGACUCGACUGGACAAGAAAUAACACGUUUAAGGGCUAACGGGAAAGGCAACAGUCAAAAGAGAAAAUAUCAAAAGUCUGUCCUCAUACUAAAUCUAGUUCCUAGAAUAAGAAUUUAUGACAAGUGUAUUCUUCUUCCCGACACCAUCUAAGUAUCAGAUAAAUCUGAAGAACUAACACAAGAAAAUAUUAGACCUAUGCAAAAAGAAGCCAGCAAGCAGCUAAAUGAAUCUCAAAUCUUGAUCUCUCCAACCCUGUCAUCGUGGCCACAAUGCCAAGGGCAUAUUUCUUUCAUUUAUUGAUAGACAUUACAAUCUGUUCUCCAUUGUAAGUUUGUUUCCCUUACUUGAAUUUACUUUUUACUCUCUUGUAAUGUAGUACUGUAAUAGUUGCUUGCAUGACAAAUGUUCCACCAUAGAAUGAAUAAAAAAAUCCAAUAGAGCCUCCAAGAAAUAGUUGUGUGCAGAGUUUGUUAGGUGUGAUUUGACCAAAUUUGCUUCACGAGAAGGAUGUGAUACUC